ACGUGUAAACAUCGUUUUUAUUAGUUUUUUUUUUUGUUCUGUUGCUUUCUACCGCUGUUCAUUAAGGCACAACACUGGACUGGUUUUUUCUGUAGGCUUUAAUCUUAGCCGCUAUCAAAAUACAGUAUAUGUAUUUACCAUAGAAGUUACUUAAAUCGGAAAAUAAAAAAAAGGACAUACUUGUAGGUCGACUUGUUUUCAUUGCUUUCCGCCUGGUGCUUAUGUACACAUAGUCUAUAGCUCGACUUACUUAAUAAGAGUAUUUUUGCAAUGGAUGUGAGAUGUCGGCUGCCCAUUCUUUUCCUCGCUCUUGCGCUUUUCUCUGCCGCCUCCGACUCUCCGGGAUCUGGCGUGGACGUGCAGUAUGUGAACGAAUGGGCGGUGGAGAUACCCGGAGGACUCGACACUGCCCGGGCGAUAGCCGAGGAGCUCGGCUACGAACUGGUCCGACAGAUUGGUGCAUUAGAAAACCACUACUUAUUCAAACACAACACUCAUCCCAAGAGGACAAAGCGGAGCGCAGACCAUAUGACCAAGAGGCUGUCGGAGGACCAAAGGGUGUCCUGGGCAGAACAGCAAUAUGAGAAGCAGCGCAGGAAGCGGGCGCCACUGGAGGCACACUGUCCCGAUUGUGCUGUGGACAAGCUCUUCGAUGACCCCAUGUGGAGCCAGCAGUGGUACCUGCAAGACACCAGGACAUCUUCCUCCUUGCCCAAACUGGACCUCCAUGUGAUUCCAGUCUGGCGGAAAGGAAUCACUGGGAAGGGGGUGGUCAUUACUGUGCUGGAUGAUGGACUGGAGUGGAAUCACACAGAUAUCUUCCCCAAUUAUGAUCAAGCUGCCAGUUACGACUUUAAUGAUAACGACCCUGACCCCUUUCCCAGAUAUGACUCCACUAACGAGAACAAGCACGGGACAAGGUGUGCUGGAGAAAUUGCAAUGCAGGCAGACAACAAUAAGUGUGGAGUUGGAGUGGCAUACAAUUCUAAAGUUGGAGGAAUUCGAAUGCUGGAUGGAAUAGUGACAGAUGCCAUUGAGGCGAGCUCCAUCGGUUUUAAUCCGGACCAUGUGGACAUCUACAGUGCCAGCUGGGGGCCAAAUGAUGAUGGCAAAACUGUGGAGGGGCCUGGUCGCCUUGCACAGAAAGCCUUUGAGUAUGGAAUCCAAAAGGGUCGUGGUGGCAAGGGGUCAAUCUUUGUGUGGGCCUCUGGCAACGGAGGCAGACAGGGGGACAACUGUGACUGUGAUGGCUACACAGAUAGCAUCUACACCAUCUCCAUCAGCAGUGCGUCCCAGCAGGGCCUAUCCCCUUGGUAUGCUGAAAAAUGCUCGUCCACCCUUGCCACAGCAUAUAGCAGUGGGGACUACACAGACCAGAGAAUUACCAGCGCAGACUUGCACAAUGAAUGCACAGAGACACACACUGGAACCUCAGCUUCUGCCCCACUUGCAGCCGGGAUCUUUGCUUUGGCCUUGGAGGAGAACCCAGACCUCACGUGGCGGGACCUGCAGCAUCUGGUUGUGUGGACGUCAGAGUUCGACCCUCUGGCAAACAAUCCAGGCUGGAAGAAGAAUGGUGCCGGACUUAUGGUCAACAGCAGGUUUGGCUUUGGCCUCCUGAAUGCCAAGGCACUGGUGGACCUGGCAGACCCCAAAGUGUGGAAGCAUGUUCCAGAAAAAAAGCAGUGCAUUGUGAUGGAUGAUACUUUCCAGCCAAGGGCACUGAAAGCUGCAGGAGAGAUUACUAUUGAAAUCCCUACUAAGGCCUGCAGUGGGCAGGAUAAUGUCAUCAAGUCUCUAGAGCACAUACAGGUGGAGGCUAGUAUUGAGUACACCAGGAGAGGGGACCUGCACAUCACCCUAACCUCUCCCUCAGGAACAAGCACAGUUCUCUUAGCUGAGCGAGAGCGGGACACCUCCUCCAGUGGCUUCAAAAACUGGGACUUUAUGUCCGUUCAUACCUGGGGUGAGGACCCUGCUGGCACCUGGGUACUGAAGAUUACAGACACGUCUGGACGCUUAGAGAAUAAAGGCCAGAUUAUUAGUUGGAAGCUGAUUCUGCAUGGCACAUCACAGCGCCCUGAGCAUAUGAAAUCACCGAGAGUCUAUGUCCCAUACAACGCCGUUCAGAACGACCGCAGGGGACUGGAAAGGAUGGAGGACAUGAUGAAGGAAGGUCCAACUGAGGCUCAGCAGUCUCUUAAGACUCCAAAGUCAACACAUGGAGAGGCCAAGAAAGAGAGGGUCCCAUCUGCUGCUCUCAUGCGGCUCCUCCAGACCGCUUUCAAUAGACAAUCAGUAGGCAGCCAGCCCCACACUGCUCAGCCAGAGCCCACUGCCGUGCCUAGAGACCAGAAGGAGGAAAGUGCAAGUUUGCACAUCCCCUAUCAGAACCUCUACCAAGCCCUGGACCUGCUGAAUAAAUACAGAGGCUCAGAAGAGAACCUGUACAGCGACUACAGCGAUGUGUUCUACAAUGCCAAGCCAUACAAACACAGGGAUGACAGACUCCUGCAAGCCCUCUUUGACAUGAUCACUGAAGACAGCCACUGAAACAGACAUAGUGUGUGGGCAUUGGGUGUUGGGUGUCUGUCAGUUCCCGGUAGAGAAAGGUAGGAAAGGAGAGGAAAUUUUAUUGGCUCUUCCAGCUGAGUUCUUUCCCCCCCUGUGAGUGUGUUGAAUGCCGUGACUCACUCACAUUUAUUGGAACAUAAUUAUAUACAUUUUCACAUUACCAACGUGUAUUUCAGAAUGUCUCAAGGUCAUCAUUGGUUCCAGUUUUUCAAAAAUACUGCCCAAUACACUCCUUUUUCUAAUUUUUAAGUAAAUAUGAAAUAACUACCUGAUUUGAGUACACAUUAUAACUUCUUCACAUUCCCACUUCAAACUGUACCCCUUCCUGUGAGUAUUCAGUGUACUGUGAGCAUGAUUUAUGUGUCAGACCAGUGAUUUCCUUCCACUGUUUUUUUGCUCCUCAUUCUUCCUACAUCAGCUGUGUCUUAUAUCAGCUUUUCUACCUGCCAGUCUACUACACACAGAUUAUACUAUAUUUUGCCUGUAUGUUCAUUUCUUCCUGUUUUAAUCUAUUUUCCCCUGAAAACAUGCAAUACUCUUACACACAUUACUGUUUCGAUUCUGUCUGACUAGAGUUUAUGGUAACUCAUGGUUCAGUCUUACUGAAUUUUCAUAUAUCACAGUCUGCAUCCAAAGGUGAUUUAGAUUUUUUUAGAUCUUUCUGGUCAAAUCUUCUAUUACAGUGGACAAAUAUUGAUCAUUUCAACUAAUUAUUUUACCUGAAAUAGUUUAACAGAUUUAUUAGUUACUAGCUUCAGAGGAAUGUGUACAUAGCUAUUUCUGGAUACAAAACCCUUGAAUUUCAGGACCAACAAAAAUUAUUACGACAGAGGUCAAUAAAACACCAUAUAUUCCAUUGCAGUACUCUAUCCUGAAAAUCGACACAGAGCGCCUUCGCAGAUUAUAGAUAAAAGAAAUUACAAAAACCAAAAAGAAAUGACAAAUUACCAGCACAUAUGAUACAAAUUUGUAUGAUUUGAAAGAAUAAAUUUGUCAAUGACUACAUAAACUUCAGUCAACACCGAUGUACUUUAAGAUGACAGUGAUGAGGGAUGAAGUGGCGACAGAAGAGAGAAAACCAAACUCUUCAGAUUGAAGUGUCGGUUACAUUACAAAUAAAUGAUUAGUGCUGCAAUUACUGAAGUGAGUUAAUAUAGAGGGCACCACUUCAUGUUCUGUAUCCUCAAUAUUGCUUCUCUCUUAAUAGGUUUUAAAGAGGCAUUUAAAAAUGAAAGAAAUAAAAGUGUGAACAGGAUUAUAUAUUUAAAGUAAUUUUGACAUACAAUGCAGUAGCAACUGACCUGAUUGUUGGGGGAUUAAUAUAGCACAUACAAUUUUGUAUAAUCCCAUUAUUUAUGUAUGGCCUAUGUUUUUGAGGUGUUAGCUCCAGAUCUGAGUUUCAAACACAGCUGAAAAUGUAAAAAUCAUUGGUGAAAACAUUCAAAUAAAGUACUGUUUUAAGAUUUGAUGCAGAUUUGCAUCAACAGCCCUCUCUUUCAUCCAGUUUGAUUCUCUAUUGAGAUUACAGAAAAAUGAUUUAGAAAGUGUGAAAUGUGAAUUUAUGACUAUUGAUAUUUAGCUAGGGUUUUUACUUUUGCUCCAUUUCAUUUUAA